AUGCAAUUUCAACAGAUAGGGAAAGUGUGUAUUGAGGGUUUUGAUCUACGUGAGAAUGACCCAACAUCAUCACGUGACCUAGCCAGGUUUCUAUGUUUCCUGCCUUGUCUCACCGACCUGACGAUAAAGGACUCUGACGGUCAAUACAUGAAUCUUUUCCUUCUUGAUGAUUUCUACCAUGAACUUGCUCGUCAGGCCUCAUCCUCAAAGAUAGAGAAGAUGUGUAUUGAGGGUUGUGAUCUACGUGAGAAUAAUCCAUCAGCAUUGCGUGACCUAGCCAGGUUUCUAGGUCUACUGCCUUGUCUUACCGACCUGACGAUACAGGACUCUGACGGUGAAUACAUGAAUCUUUUCCUUCUAGAUGAUUUCUACCAUGAACUUGCUCGUCAGGCCUCAUCCUCACAGAACCAUUUCUUUAACAAGAAGCUACAUUUAGAUGAAAGGUUUGAAGAGUUGAAGGAAAAAGAUCUUAAACAACAAAUCGAAUACAUCAGACAUCUUGUUCACCCCACGCUGUCAGAGAAAACAUCCCGUCCAACUAGUAGAGCCCACGAACCUCUGUCGUCACACCAAGGAUCCGUGCAUCAACAGAUAGAAUACACACCCUUCGUCACUCCACCAGGGUGUCCCCAACUUUGUGAAACGUCGCAACAAGAGUAUAUUUCAGAUCAGAAGGCAGGAACUGUGGCAGAGUCCGACCACAGCAAGAUUGAAUCGGACGAAUUGACAACACAUCUUGUCAAGGAAUUCGAUCGAUUCUUUCAGACCUAUGUAGCAUCUCAAGUGAACUCGCAAGGACUAGAGACCAAUCAUUUUAGAGAGGACAUUGCAAUAAACAACUCUUCCUUUUCGUCGGACCUUCCCAAUAGUAGUACCACUUCAAUUCCUGGAACAAAUAUCAGAGGCCACCGUACUGGCUUCAAACCCACAUACGAACUUGAUAACUACGACUUGGAUGUUCCAUCCACCAGCGGUGUGAAUGCACAAAGUGGCAAAAUAUCUGAAGGCCUGUCUGCAGUAACGCCAGGUCACCUACAACCAAGUGAGGAAGACAUCCAAAAUAAUCCUGAGCCUGACUCUACCGAUGAAGAUGACACAGCACGAGGGGACAAUCAAUCAAAGAGCCAUGAUUCCGAGGAUAACAUUCUGGAUGGACCUCCAAGGAAGAGAAAAAAGAAGACAAACCGACAGACGCCACCUUUUUGA